AUGUCAAACAUAGAAUCUGGAAAUGGAGAAAGCAGCAGCGCCAUUCUAGAAUCUACCUCUGACGGCUCUUCCGCACCAGAGCAGAAGGGAAAAGAUCAUGAUGUUGCUGAAGAAGGACCUCCAAUUUCCAAAUGGCGUCUCAUCGCACUUAGCAUCAGCUUGAGUUUAGGACUUUUCGUCUCGUUUCUCGAUGGUUCGAUAACCGCGACAGCACUCUUCACGAUUGGAGAGGAGUUCGGCGAUCUUUCAAGAAUAAAUUGGAUUGCCAUUGCCUAUAUUCUGGCCGAUGUUGGAUUUGCCGUUACUUUUCCCACUAUUGGCGACGUAGUUGGUCGCAAAACUGCCUACCUGACUGCUUUCUUCCUGUUUUUCGUUUUCUCGCUAGGUUGUGGAUUUGCAAAUACCCUGACGCAGCUCAUCGUGUUGAGAGCCCUUCAAGGUGUUGGCGGUGCGGGGUUGUACUCGCUUGCCAUGGUCAUCUUCCCCGAAAUCAGUCCAAGAUCAAUGAAGAAGUGGAUAGGUGCCAUUGUUGGACUGGUUGUGGGUGUUUCUGGUGUUUCUGGUCCGAUCUUGGGCGGCAUCAUAACUCGAUAUGCUGAUUGGAGGUGGAUUUUCUGGAUCAACGGGCCGAUAUGUGCAGUCAACAUAUGUUUGUUCUUCAUUGCGUGGCCAAAAGAUGACCAGAUUAUGAUGCAACAUGAACGCCGGAAAUGGGCGGAUCUCGAUUACGCUGGAUCAUUCCUGCUGAUCGCUGCAACCGUUCUUGUUGUGUUCGCAUUCCAGGAAACUGGUACACGGAUAGCUUGGAGUGAUCCUCUUUUCAUCGUUCCCAUGGUCUCAGGAAUUGUGUGCUGGAUCUUGCUCCUAGGAUGGCAGUUCGUGAUCUGGAAGCAGGGGAUGACUAUUGCGGCAGUCAUUCCGGUUGACCUAUUCAAGAAUCGACGGUAUAUGGCUGGAGUCUUCUCCACCAUGUUUAUGGGUUUUGCAUUUUUCAGCUGCAUCUACAAUAUCCCGCUGCGUGUGCAAACUGUGCAUGGCAGAAGCUCGCUGGCAGCAGGUGUUGCUCUACUUCCGAUGUUGGGAUCUGUCGCCAUCGGAAGUAUGCUAGGAGGAGCUGUUUCCGGUACGAAAGAUCGACUCUCGCAUACCUUGAUAAUAGGGGCAGCAUUAAUGUCCAUCGGGACUGGCCUGCUUUCAACACUGAAGGUCACUUCUUCAAUCAGCCACAAACUUUAUGGCUUUCAAGUCUUCUGUGGUAUGGGUUUUGGCCUGACCGUAUCCAGCUCAAGUAUUCUCGCAGCAAUCGAGUGCGAAAUCAACAGCCACGCAGUAGCACAAGGCCUCACUGCGCAGGCCCGUGUCUUUGGUGGCAGUAUCGGUAUUGCUGCAGCUACAGCCAUUCUUGCCGUGAAGGAAAAUUCUCGUAACGUUCCGCCAGGAGCCCAGUCUCAGUUAAGUUCGCUAGCACCGCAAGACUUGGACAAUCUGCGACAUGCCUAUGGCCAAGCCUUCCGCCAGGUCAUGUGGGUUUCUGCUAUCAUCGCAGCAAUCGCUUGCGCAUUUGCGGUUUUAACGAUCAAGAAAGAUCUGCCAGACCUGCAGGAUAGAGUCCUCGAGCAGAUGAGGGUUGAGCGGGAAAGGAGGCAGAGGUGUGGGGAUGCAGUUGGGGAGUCAACGAGCAGCAUUUCAGCCGACACCGACUUGGAGAAGUCACCAGAUCGCAAGAAGUCAAAUGAGAUAGAUUUAAAGGACACAGCUCCUACAGUGCAGAACGAGACCGAAGCUCAAGCACACAAGACCGGGAGUAGGGUGGCUGGCGGGGAAUCUCUUUCCAGUCAAGUCACUGCAUCAAAAGAGAGCACUAAAAUUGGUGCUGAGACAGAAAAGGUAGACGUCCUGGGGAGAACAAUAGGACAUGAAUGA